GGGGACAGAGAACAUGGGUACUCACUUGCACCAAGUGCUCAGAAGCCUAUGUUUCAAUACUCACUGGAACUACGCCAUUUUUUGGAAGCUCAAACAUCGUGCUCGAAUGAUCUUGACAUGGGAGGACGCAUACUAUAACAAUCCUGAUGAUUAUGACUCUUCAGAAAAUAAGCACUGCCAGAAGACCUUGGAACAGAUUGGUUGUGGGAAAUUUUCACACAGCGCACUAGGGUUAGCGGUGGCUAAGAUGUCAUAUCAUGCAUAUUCUUUAGGAGAAGGUAUUGUUGGACAGGUAGCUGUUACUGGAAAACAUAGGUGGAUCUGUGCAGAUAAUCAAAUUACAGGUUCUGGCUUGUCUUUUGAGUUUGCUGAUGGGUGGCAGUCUCAGUUUUCUGCUGGAAUCAGGACCGUUGCUGUUGUUGCUGUAGUCCCACUUGGUGUUGUUCAGCUCGGAUCUCUAAAUAAACAGGUGAUUGAAGAUAUGGAGUUUGUAAAUCAUAUCAGAAAUCUUUUUUUGUCUACUCAAAAUUACUCAAUAGGUCAAUGUCCUAAUCAAAUACAGGCUAGUUUGAAGAGUUCUUCAUCUUCGCUGGAUACCUUGAAGGAAAACAUGUCUUCAGAUAUUGUGCCUACUUGCUUUUACAAUACACAGAAAUCCAUGAAGAGUGAAACAGCAGAUGUUUUAAUGCCCCUUCAAUGUUCUGGGAGGAACUAUGCACCUCAUUCUGGUUGUGAGAAAAUGUCUGAUAAUGUGGCCAAGCAAGAGGGGCCUGGAUUUUGCAGUGAUGAAAGUUCCAUUUUGCUUCAGUCGAUAUCCAAUAUGAUGAACGUGGAACAUCAGGAAUUUGAAGAGAUGAAACCUCUACAUGGGAGGAAGUGUGAAGGAGGAAGUAGUGGCUGUGAAGAUAUGAAGUUGGAAUCAGAAAAAAAUAUCUCUUCUCUUUUAAACGAAUUUGUUACAGAUAAUGCUAGCUUCAAUGAUUUAAUAUAUCCAUCUGAAAAAGUCAGAGUUGAUUCUGCAUGUCUUCCUUCAGUUUUUCAUGAUACAGUUGUUUCUGAAAGUGAUAAGUUGCAUUGUGUGGAUAUUAACCAAAAAGGGAAGUUGAAUUUCGUCCAACCUUCAGAUGCAAACACCCAACAACUUACUGAAAAGUCAAAAUUCCAUACCGAGCCUUGUUACAAGGAUAACUCAUACUUUCAAACUGAACCUUGUUACAAGGAUACGUCACACAUGUUGAAGUUCCCUGCAGGCUGUGAGCUACAUGAAGCACUUGGACCAGCUUUUUUGAAAGGGAAUAAAAGUUUUGAUUGGUCGACACAUGUUAAUCAAGAUGUGAAAACAGUUGAAAUGUCAGAUGAGAUUGCCACUAGCCAAUUGACUUCUGAAUCUCUUGCAGAGCAUCUUUUGGAAGCAAUGGUGGCCAACAUUUGCCAUAGUAAUAACAAUGUUAAUAGUGAAUUAUCAUUUUGUACAUCUACAUCAAUGCAAUCAGCAAUGGACUCUGGAAAAAAUCACGAAGCUUCUAUUUACAAUGUGCAUGCUAUUAAUUCAGAAGGCUAUUCAAUAGAUCAGCUCUCUCUUGUCAGAGAAGACAAACACCGUUCGUUGAGUUCAUCAUCAGGGAUAUGUGGUGCGAUGUCCUCAAAAGGCGUUUCAUCUACAUUUCCUAGUUCAAAUAGUGGACAGCUUGAAAGGUCUUCUGAACCAUCUAAGAACAGCAAGAAGAGGGCCAGGCCUGGAGAAAGUUGUAGGCCUCGGCCAAGGGACAGGCAACUGAUCCAAGAUCGUAUUAAGGAGUUGAGAGAGCUGGUGCCAAAUGGAGCAAAGUGCAGUAUUGAUUCAUUACUGGAGCGCGCAAUAAAGCACAUGCUCUUUCUCCAAAGCAUAACUAAACAUGCUGACAAGUUAACUGACUUUUCUGAUACAAAGUCAAAGUUGCAUCACAUGGAACCAGAAAUUCUUGGAUCCUCUAGUUAUGAGCAGGGCUCAAGCUGGGCAAUGGAGGUAGGGGGUCAUCUGAAAGUUCAUUCAAUAUUAGUGGAGAAUCUUAGCAAGAAUGGCCAGAUGCUUGUUGAGAUGCUCUGUGAGGAGUGCAGCCAUUUUCUUGAAAUAGCAGAAGCCAUCAGAAGUUUAGGCCUUACCAUUUUGAAGGGUGCAACAAAAGCUCAUGGUGAGAAGAUAUGGAUAUGCUUUGUCGUCGAGGGUCAAAACAACAGAAAUGUACACAGAUUGGAUAUCUUGUGGCCACUUGUUCAAAUACUGCAGUCCAAGAGCACCGUGUAUUCUCAAUAAUUGCUUGUUUCUUGCAAACUUAGUGGCCACUCAUUGGCAAGUGUAACUCAUUCUUGAUCUCUCAAAUGAAAUGAAGCCCUCCUUUAUAGUGUUUUAAGACUUAGGUUGUGGUUGUGGUUGUGGUUUGUUUUUUUUUUUUUUUUUGAUGAUUGAAAUGUGUGAUUGUCAUUGUUUAUGUUUGACAUUGAAAAUAGCACAACACGUUGAACAUA